GCCCAAUCCAGCCAUGUCAAGCACACCAGUACAGCGCCUCGUACAAGGCGUCAAGGACCACUCGCGUCACGAAGACGACUCGGACGCGCACAAGCUCUUCCGCUCCGUCCCGGGCCACGGCCACCAUUCCGACGACAAGGAGGGCCACGACGUGCCCGGCAUCGUCCCGCCUGGCUCGACCGGCGUCAUCUAUGUGUCGGAGCGCGCGAUGGCCAACGGCUGGACUGCAGGGAGCAACGAGUGGGCCAACUUUGGUCAGGGCGCUCCCGAGGUCACCCACAUCGAAGGCUCCUCGCCUCGUCCCGACAAGAUCUCGCUCGCCGACCUUUCGGCCACCAUCGGCGACGACGUCAACGAGUACGCGCCGACGACGGGCGUCAAGGAGCUGCGCGAGAAGGUCGCCGCCUACUACAACGACACGUACCGCGCCGACAAGGCGAGCCAGUACACUUGGGAGAACGUCUGCAUCGUCCCGGGCGGUCGAGCCGGCCUCACUCGAGUCGCGAGCGUCAUUGGCGACGUCUUUGUGUCCUACACGAUCCCCGAGUACACCAGCUACGACCAGCUCCUUUCGUCGUUCAAGCGCCUCGUCCCGCUGCCGACCACGCUUCGCGCCGAGGAUGGCUACCACCUGAGCAUCGACCACCUCGAGGAGCUCAUCCGCGAGCAGGGUAUCACAGCUUUGUUCCUCUCGAACCCGCACAACCCGACGGGCCAGGUCAUCCACGGCGAGGAGCUCAAGCGGAUCGUCGAGUUGUCGAGGCAGGGCACGACGAUGGUCCUCGACGAGUUCUACGAGCAGUACGUGUACGACCUCGGCGAGGGCGCGCAGGUGUCGGCGGCCGAGUUCGUCGACGACGUCAACGAGGACAACGUCAUCCUCAUCAACGGCCUCACCAAGUGCUGGCGGCUACCCGGCUGGCGCGUCUGCUGGGUCGUCGGGCCCAAGUCGCUCGUCCGGGCGCUCGGCCAGAGCGGCGGCUUCCUCGACGGCGGCGCGUCGCACGUCCUCCAGGUUGCCGCCCUCCCGCUCCUCGAGCGCGACCGCGUCAAGCAGGACCGCAUCGCGCUGCAGCGCCACUUCCGCCAGAAACGCGACUACGUCGUCGGCCGGUUGCGCGAGAUGGGCUUUGCCGUCAAUUGGCCGCCGACGUCAUCCUUCUACGUGUGGCUCGACCUGUCCGAGCUGCCGCAGCCGCUCGACAACGGCCUCGUCUUCUUCGAGGAGGCGCUCAAGGAGAAAGUCAUCGUCGUACCGGGCUGCUUCUUUGACCUGAAUCCCUCGCAUCGCCGCAACCUGUUCGACUCGCCGACCAGCCACUUCGUCCGCCUCUCGUUCGGCCCGAGCCAGGACCAACUCGAGCGCGGUCUCGACGGCAUCGAGCGCCUUCUCGAGCGUGCGCGCAAGCUCGUCGUCGAGGGCAAGGACCUGCGCGAGGAGUUUGGCAAGGACCUCAAGCGGUGAGACGGCCGACGCGGUACUCGUUGUGUAGCUCUCGAGCGAGAAGUCAUGGCCGCUCUCGCGAGUCAAGGAUAGAGAGAAGCGUGCGCAGUGAUACAAC